AUGGACUCACCGGAGGAGGCCGAGGCAGCGCUGGUGCACAAGAUCUCUAGCCUGACCGCCGCCAUCGUGAAGCUGCCGUCGCUGAGCCCGUCGCUGGAGGUGAACGCGCUCUUCACCAACCUCGUGAUGGCCUGCAUCCCACGUAGCAUGAUGGACGUGGAGCGCCUGGCCCCGGAGCUGCAGCGCAUGCGCGCGUCGCUCAUCCGCCUCUGCGCCGACGCCGAUGCCCUGCUGGAGGCGCACUACUCUGACCUGCUGGCAACCUUCGACAACCCACUGGACCACCUGACGCUCUUCCCCUACUUCAGCAACUACCUGCUGCUAAGCCAGCUGGAGCACGCCCUGCUGGCACACCACGUCCUAGGCCCGCGUCGCCUUCGUCGGCUCCGGCCCGCUCCCGCUCAGCUCCCUCGUGCUCGCGGCACGCCACCUCCCUACCACCGUCUUCGACAACUACGACAUCUACGGGGAUGCCAACGACCAGGCGUGCCGCCUCUUGAGCGCCGACGCCGCGCUCACCGCGCAUAUGGUGUUCCACACCUCCGACGUGGCCGACGUCACUAG